UCACCUUCUUCCUUCUUCUUCUUCUCUGCUUUGAGUGAGAUACGAGACCUAACUCUCUCUCUCUCUCUCUCUCUCUCUCUCUCUCUGUAGACAGAGACAGUCCCAGAUGCUCUGCAAAUGGGGAAAGGUGAGAAAAGCCUGCACCAGCAGCACCAACAGCAGAGUCACGAGACACACAACGCUUGUGGGUUCAUCUGUCCGGAAUGUUCCAGAUUCUUCAACAGAAUCGCCCAGGAGUUGAAUUUCCGGUGCGUCUUUGUUUUGAUUCUCGGGUUGUCGGUUUUCCUUUCUGGGAUCUUCUGGAUCCUUCCUCGCCAUUCGGUCAAAUUCGGGUUCGAUGCCAAACAGGAGAUUAAGCUUGCUGCCACAGUUCAGGCAUACUUCAGACUGGAAAAGCCAGUUCGGGAGCUUGUUCCACACAUUGGACUAUUGGAAUACGAUAUAAAUGGGGAAAUAGGUGUUCCAGAUACAAAGGUGGCUAUUUUGUCCAUGCAUCAAUAUGGUGCAUCUAACUGGACUGAUGUGGUGUUUGGUGUUCUUUCUGAUCCUGUGAAUGUUCCGAUAGCUCCAGUGUCCGUAAGUGUGUUGAGAUCAUCUUUGGUUGAGCUGUUCCUUAAGCGAUCUAAUCUUACAUUGACGGAAUCAAUGUUCGGGCAACCAUAUAUGUUUGAAAUUCUGAAAUGUCCUGGGGGAGUUACUGUGAUUCCUGGGCAAGCUGCUUCAAUCUGGCAGAUACCGCAGAUUCUGUUUAACUUCACUCUCAAUAAUUCAAUAACUGAAAUAGUUGAUAAUUUUGGUGAACUGAAGGAGCAAUUGAGAUUUGGGUUGCAUCUAAGGCCUUCCGAGGAUGUGUUUUUGCAAGUAACAAACUCUUUGGGUUCAACUACAGACUCCCCAGUUGAAGUUCAAGCUUCGCUUAUGUCUGCUUUUGGGGGACUUCUGCCACAGAGAUUGAAACAGUUGGCCCAGACAAUUACAGGUUCUCCUGCAAGAAAUCUCGGUCUUGAUAACACUGUCUUUGGUAAGGUCAAAAGUAUCAGAUUAUCCUCCUUUCUGAAGGGUACGCUUUCUGCCACUCCAAUUCCUUCUCCAGCUCCAUCACCAGAACUUAGUGAUUAUGCAGGACCAUCAAUCUCUCCAAAUCCUGCUCCAACAGUUUAUUCUCCGGCACCUUCACCCUCCAAAACUGGACAUCCUCCUCGGCCAUGUUUAUACCAUGGUCCUGAAGUUCCUCCAAACUCCUCGCCAACUCCUCAUUCUAACCCUAAUGCCCCCCCUACUUAUGCACCUAGCACCUCUCCUUAUUCACCUUCUUUGAGUCCCUCAUCUCAAGUGGCCCCACAUGUAUCACCUGCGCCUGUAAUGUUCUAUGCUAAUCCAGGCUUCAAGAGAAGUGCAAGAGGCUUGAGGUCUCCAUCCCCCGCCCCAAGCCCAUCAUCUUUAGCAGUAGGACCUUUCUAUAAGGAAAUCCAACUAUUGGGAUGCUGUGGACUCCUGAUCUUUCAUCUCUUUUGUUGGUGAAGUGGAUAGUUCAUUUCCAUGAUACAACAAGAAAUGUAGCAAGCAUACAUAAAACCAUAGCAUAAUGAUCUACCAUGCCCAGUUUUGUUUGGCGAGGAUGGCAGUGUGCCAAUGCAAAAGAUUGACAGGACAUGUUUGGUAAGCAAGACACAAGUGUUUCAAAAGAUGAGUGCAGGUCAAAGCCAAAAGGUGGCAGGCCUCGCAUUUUGCUUGUACAUUUUCUGAUCUCACAGAUGCAGGAUGUUCUUUCCAAAGGGAAACCUCUUAAAGAUAGUGUGAGUCUGUGACCAGUUGAAGCAUGCCUUUCUUGCAGAUUUUUCUAAAGGAACCGUUCCUUACAUUAAAUCAAUUGUAAAUUAGACAGGCUCUUUUAGAGCAUCUGCAAUGCCAGGCCAAGUAAAAUUGCUGCACCAAUGUGUACAGGAUAUCAUAUAUACUUUUGAAAAGUGCUAGAUAGAUACACCUUUAUAUGAAAAAUGUCAUCAUAAAGUGAUAAA